AUGCGAUCUCUCCUUGAAGACAUGCAAGUUGACGAUAAAUUUGUCAAGGAGAUGUUCCUAGAGCGUCUGCCCGCAGAUGUUCAAACGAUCCUGGCUUCCGGCUCUCAAGACCUUACGGUCUCACAGCUGGCUGAGAUAGAUGAUCGAAUGAUAGAGGUGCAGCGAUUCCAGUCAGCUUCCGUUGCCCAGAUCUCCUCAUCUUCAUCGUCAGUGAAUGAAAAUCUAGUGAAACAGGUGUCGGCCAUGGAGGAUGAGAUGGCCUCCUUAAAAUACAGCUCGCCCGCCUAACUUCCAGUCGCUCACGCAGUCGUCGUUCUCGUUCGCGGCCAUGGACUGCCGAUACCUGCUGGUAUCACAGUAAUUUCGGCGUAAAGGCCCGUCGCUGUUACUCACCCUGCUCUUUUAGGCCGAAACAGGGAAACCAGUCGGCCAGAGAAUAGAUGCGACCGUUUUCUCUGGCUCUUCCGGCUCUGGUCGCACCUUCUAUGUUUGCGACACUGCGACUCGCAGACGUUUUCUGGUGUACACUGGAGCCCAAAUCAGUGUUGUUACCCCAACUGCAACUGAUCGUCGUUUCCCUAGUCCUGGUCUUCACCUCCAAGCUGCUAACUGUUCCCCCAUUUCCACUUUUGGCAGUCUGUCCCUCACCCUGAACAUUGGCCAUCGUCGGUCAUUUACUUGGAUCUUUGUGAUUGCUGACGUCCCUCACGCAAUCCUCGGCUCGGACUUUCAUGCCAAGUUUGAUCUCCUUGUUGACUGUCAGGGUGCCCGUCUCCUCGAUCGCACAACUGGUCUGUUUGUUCGUGGACUAACUCCCUUUACUGUCCCCACCAACUUAUCUGUUUUGGAUACGGAUGUUGCUAGUCCUUUUCGACAACUGCUUCUUAGUGACCCCAAAAUAAGUAACCCCCAGUUUCGCAGUGGUGCGAUUCAACAUGAUGUUGUGCACCAUAUCCGCACCUCAGGUCCUCCCGUGUUUGCUCGACCGAGACGACUAGCACCGGAGCGUUUUCAGGCCGCGAAGGCUGAGUUUGAACACAUGCUACAACUGGGAAUAAUUCGGCCGUCCGAGAGCCCUUCGUGCCCAAAGCAACAUCAGGCGACUGGCGACCCUGUGGCGACUAUCCAGCCCUCAACAGCGCUACCACUCCUGAUCGGUACCCCGUGGCUCAUUUUCAGGACUUUGCUGUAGCCCUUUUCCGCAAAGCGGUUUUCUCGAAGAUUGAUCUGGUGCGUGCUUUUCAUCAGGUUCCAGUCGCCCCUGAGAACAUCCCUAAAACCGCCGUCACCACACCCUUCGGUCUCUUUGAGUUCUUCCGCAUGCCAUUCGGUCUUCGUAAUGCCGCCCAAACGUUCCAGAGGUUCAUCGACCAUGUCUUACGUGGCCUACCCUUUGUGUACGCCUACAUUGAUGACCUCUUGGUGGCCAGCCGGAAUGAAGAAGAAAACAAAGAGCGCCUUGCCUUAGUGUUUGACCGCCUUGACAAGUUUGGCGUUGUCAUCAACUCCUCCAAGUGCGUGUUGGGUGUGCCUUCACUCGAGUUCCUCGGCCAUCAGGUCGACUCUGAAGGCUUGCGUCCUCUCCCCUCCAAGGUUGAAGCAGUUCGUAAUUUUCCUCCUCCAACUUCCAAGCGUCAGUUACAGCGAUUCCUCGGCAUGGUCAGUUUUUACCGACGGUUCGUACCGAACUCUGCUGACCUCAUGCUGCCGCUCACCAACAUGCUUUCUAGUCCCUAAGGUCCCCUCGAGCUGACUGGCGAAACACUGACUGCCUUUGAGAGAAUCAAGAAUUCCCUUGCCGAUGCCACCUUUCUCACUCAUCCCGCUCCCAAAGCUCAGCUGUCUCUGAUGGUAGAUGCUUCGACCGUAGCCGUAGGUGCAGUCCUUCAAAAAAACACCUUGCUGGUUCGACUAAACCACUUGCCUUUUUCUCCAAAAAGCUCUUACCAGCUGAGACACGCUACAGUACCUUUGGCCGUGAACUACUUGUCAUUUACCUGGCCGUGAAGCAUUUCCGGCAUUUCCUUGAAGGUUGUGACUUCACUGUUUUUACUGACCACAAACCGAUGACUUUUGCACUUUGUUCCCACUCCGACAAGUACAAUCCGAGGGAAAUCGCUCACCUGGACUACAUCUCCCAAUUCACCACCGACAUCCGCCACAUUGGUGGCACGAAGAAUGAGGUGGCUGAUAUGCUGUCCAGGCCCUCACUGUCUUCCCUCCAACUCACACACGGGAUCGAGCUUUGUGCCAUGGUGGCUGAGCAACAGCGAGUCAGUUGUCCUUGUGACGAGUCUGUUAGUGGUCUCCUACUCAAAGACGUUCCUCCGACCACCGGCUCUGGUACCACACUUUGUGACGUCUCAACUCCCUUUCAUCGCCCUUUCGUGCCCUCCUCUAUGCGUUGA